AUGAUGCUUGUGAAUAUGAAUGAGGAGUUUGGGGAUACUAUAAUAAGGUCGGAUCAGUUGCUUUCUAUAGGGCUUGGCGGACUUCGUAAUUCAGGCAACACUUGUUACAUGAAUGCCGCUUUACAAGCCUUAUCAAAUUGUCCGCAUUUAACAGAAUUCUUCCUCGAGUGCCAUAAUAUCCUUGAUCCAACUCGAAGACUUGUGUUGUUCAAUCAUUAUUGCACUCUACUUUCUGAAUUUUGGGGAAAUGAAAGACCACGCUGUUUCAACGCAAAUGCAAUUUUAGAUACUUUCUGCAUUGUGCACCCAAUGUUCAGAGGUUAUGCACAACAAGAUGCCCAAGAAUUUCUGAGACUGUUUUUAGUCCAGCUGCACGAGGAACUGAAACACUCAAGGCUUUCAAACCCAGACAAAAAAGGCAUCAAGCAAACAACUACUGCUGGUUCAUCGGACAACAGUAACAAUAGUAUAAUUACCGAUGUCUUUCAGGGCAAAUUAAUUAGCUCUGUCCGUUGCCUGUCAUGCAGUCGGCUAUCCAAUCGGGAGGAAUCAUUUAUGGACUUGUCCCUUUCCCUUACCAAACCUACUGUACAAACGUAUUCAUCCUCUUCUGUUGAUCAACCAACAAAAUCCUCUUUGAUGAAUGGUUCAAUAAGCACAGGUUCUUUAUUGAAAAAUGGUCCUGUAUAUUUGAAAACAUCAAGUGAUUUACAACAGACGCAACCAUCAAAGUCAACAAGUAGAAGGUAUUCUACAUCACGUGGAUCAAAAAUGAAAUUAUCUUCGUUAUUCACGUUACCAACAAUUGUUAGUCGUCUGGUAACGGGUAUUCCUUGGCUAUUGACUAUGCUUUUAACCCUAACUCAUAUAUUUCUAACCUAUGUACAAAGCUUUUUGCCCUCACCUAAACAAUGGAUAGAUAAAUGGUCCACUCUUACCCUUGAAGAUUGCUUAUCUCAUUAUUUUUCUGAAGCGGAAUUAGUUGGUGAAAAUGGGUAUUUCUGUGGAAGAUGUAAUCAACGGUGUAAUGGUUUGAAGCAGUUCAGACUUGUCGCGUUGCCGGAAAUCCUUACACUUCACUUGAAAAGAUUCAGUAGUAAUCAUUUAUAUUCCUCGAAAUUAUCAUCUCCAGUGAAUUUCCCGUUGAAGAAUUUAGAUCUUUCACCAUUCCUUCAUCGUGAUUGUAGAGAUAAAAUUACAACUUAUGAUUUAAUUGGUGUCAUCUGUCAUUAUGGCGGUUGUGGUGGUGGUCAUUACACUACAUGUGCUUAUAAUCCCCCAACGGAACAUUGGUAUGAAUUCAAUGAUGAACAUGUACGAAAAUUAGAUGCUGAACAAAUGGAAUCAUUGAAAAGUUCAGCAUAUAUCCUGUUUUAUCGAAAAAGUGAUAUACAUUUGGAACCAAUACGUCAUUCUUUACAAAUGGCACCAUCUGGUAAAAUGUGUUAUGUAAGCAAACCUUGGGUUGUUCGUUUUUGGACAUGGGCUGAACCAGGUCCAAUGACAUCAGAAUUUUUCUGUGAACAUGGUUAUUUUCGACCAGAAUUAUGGGAGAUGCGUAAUUCAUUAAUUUUAACUGUCCCGGAAAAUAUUUGGUGUAAUCUUCAUAAAAUGUUUGGUGGUCAUGAAAUUAUUCAUGAAUUAAUCCCGUGUAGUGAUUGUUCUGAUGCUAUUUCCAAAAGACAGAAAUAUGAACUGUCAGAAAUUAUGAGGGUUAGUUCAUCGGUCACUCCAUCGUCCACAUCUUAUGCUGUCAGUAAAAAAUGGUUGGAUCUAUGGCUUCAAUUUGUCAAAGGACAAAUAUGGGAAGCUCCAGGUCCAAUUGAUAAUUCCGACAUUAUGGCAUGCAAUAAAUCCCUUUAUUCUUAUCGUAACAGUGGAUCAAUUAAUUAUUCCACUCUUUCAUCAAUGCCACUUGGGAAUUACGAAUAUGUUUCUGCUGAAGUAUGGAGUCUUCUGUUCAAUAUAUAUGGUGGAGGUCCAACAAUAUCUGUAUGUCAACCUACUAAUUCAUCAUCGAUCAAUAAUAGCAUAGAUGAAAAUCAGGUGGACGAUUUGUCAGAUCACAGUUCAUCGGAUCAACUAUCACAUAAAAGUUCACCGAAUCCUACUCUUAAUGAACAAUCACCUCUUAAUUCAGACCAAAUUGAUGAAGAAGAUCGAAAUAAUGAUUUGACUAAUGGAAACAAUCAUAUAAAUGAUGAUAUCUCUAAUAGUUUGGAUUGGUCUGACAAUAAAUCCCAUUUGAAUCAUUGGAAUGAAAUGGAUGAAGAAGUAAAUUUGACAAAUUCUCCCAUAGAUUCACUCUCAUCCAACAGCACUAAUAAUGAUAUUACUAUUCAUCAUAUUGAAAUGUACAAUCAACAAAAUGAUCAUCCAAUUAAAAAUAAAUUAACUCAAUCCACUGAUUGUUCACAAUUAAAUGGUGAUUGUUAUUCAUCAUCUAGCAAAACAUUGAACAUGUUCAAUGGUUGUUGUUCUAUUGUUACAGACUCUAAUUGUCAACUGAACAAUCAUUAUCAUAAUGCUAAACAGAAAUCUACCAAUAAUAAUUUAACAGUUAGUAAAGGUGCCAGAAAUGGUUAUUUCGGUGAUUAUAAUCCAUUGGAUUUGGUGAAUCAUAAAAAUGUCUCUAAAGUAGAAUCUUAACACCAACAACCAGUAAACGCAUCAAAUGAAAAUUAAAACAUAUUGAUCAACUUCAUGUAGACACUGUUGAAUAGUUCCUACAUAAACAUUUAAAGUUUUCAGUCCAUUUGUGUGUUGCUUUUUAUUAAGAUUUAAAUUAUAAAUAAGACUGUGAUUCUAUGUAUUAUUUUGAAAUUUUCUUCUAUAUUGAUUUAUGAAUGGUAAUUGUUAUUAAUGUUGUUAUGUUGUCAGAACCAAAUUAUUCUUUCCUUGUGACUCCUCAGGUGAUGGUUGCUUUCUUUACUUUAUAACAUAAUAUAGCAAAGAAUAAUUGUAACUUGUAAUUAUUUUCUUUUUUUUGUUAGUUGAGGUGUGUGUGUGUGUGUCUCAUGGAGAUUACAUGUUUCGAGAAUGAUCACAGCAUCGAGCUAGAUAAGCAAUACAGUGUUUAUGUGUGUGUGUGUGUGACUUGUAAUUUUAAGUGUUUUAUUCCUUUCAUUGAAAAAAAAAGCACUAACUUCACUCUUCAAAAUUGUAUAUUGACUGGAUUCGAACUGUUGUUUCAUUUGAACAAUUUAUUGAUUUUAUGGUUUCUUUUUGUCCCAUUUAUACGUCAGUGUUUCCUCAUUAAUUUAAUAUUAAGGGUAAUAAUUAUUAUAAACAUUGGUCUCCAAUGUCUUCUUUAUUUGUAUGUGUAUGUUUAAACACCCUGGUAUAAUAUUUUGCUUUUUGUUUAAAAUUCACAUGUGUAUAAUUUUAUCUGCAUAGUAACCAUCCAUUCAUUCGUUCAUUCAUUCAUAUUUAUUCAUUUAUAAUAAUACAUAAUAAAAUCAUGAAAAAAAAUGUAUCCACAUCACUUGCUCUUUGUGUGACCUAUUCCAUUACUAUUACUAAUCUUACUACGACUACUACUACUGUUAUUAUUGAUAAAUAAGUAGUAGUGUUUAGUGUUAUUGAUUCAUUUUUACUCAGUGAUUUUCUAUCACAUUAAUGAUGAAAGUCUCCAUGGUAUAGAUGCAGAAGUGUAACCAACUUGUGUUCUGCUCCGUUUUAAAUGGAUAUAAUACUUGUCACAUGUACAAAUCAUUAUUAUUAUUACUGAUUUUCUAUUUUCUGUUAUGCAGUAAGUAAUUUUCAUGCAUAUAAUGUUAUCUAUAUACUCAGAAAAAUGUACAUUGUCUUGUUUGUUUGUUUAUAAAUAUAUAUUCGACUAUUC